UCUGUCAGUUGCUAUUUGUUAUUGUCUCGUUGUGCGUUUCAAGUGCGAUUUGUGUUAAAUAUUCCGACUUUCCCCGGUUUUUUCCUUUAUUUUUUUGUUUUCUUACAAAAGUGAACAAAUAUGGACAUUUAUGGAUAUUCAGCGUACCCGUAUAACCAGUCAGAUGAGCUUGCUAAGCAGAUGUUUGCGCAGCAGGCCCUGGCCUCGUCUCUUCCGUACAAUCAGCAGAACCCUGGGCCUCAUGUAAUGCCUGCGCCCUCUGGAGCUCCGUGGAACGUUCAGGGUUUACCGUGGGGCUUGUCUUCGCCUCCUCACCUUGUGCAGUUCACAGCGCAGCCUCUUCCGAUCGAACCCAAAAUGUCACCUGUUAUACAUUGCAAAAGGAAGAGUUUGGACGUGGAACCCGUGAUUCCAGCCAAACAGUUGAUCACGGAAGAAAAAAUGGCAGCCCACUUAAAUGGCCUUCAUAUUUCAUCCGAGUACACCCCACACUCCCUGGCGGCUGAAGAGUUCAUGGAUAUCAACAUGGAUGCUCCUUCCACAUCCGGCCUGAGUGACAAAUUAAAGGGACACAAAAUUGUUCUGUCAGAGGAACUGAAGAAGAUCCAAGAACAGCCUUUAUUACCUGCAGCACUUAUUGAAAGGUUAGAAAAGCCCCAGAUGUCUCUAGUAGUAUGGAAGCCCAGAGAAGACAUACUAUCAAAACUAAAAGUAGUGGAUGAAGAAAAGGAAAAGAAAUCGGAAUCGGAGGAGGUAGAGACUAAACGAAGAAACGGUGUGUUAGUAGAUUCCAGUGGCAUGGACAUAGAAAUGUGAUCUUGUAAGUGUACGAUUGUAAUGUUUUAAUCUUAAGGUACUCGUAAGUCCUCUUGCAUCUAAAAAUAUUGAUUAAUCAGAAUAUUGUCAUAAUCACUAAGAAAAUUCAUAAUUUAAAUAACAUUCACAAUCUCUGUAACUCGUAAGUUUCCGCACACAUUCAAUUGAAUGUUUCAUCAAUUCAUGAAGUAGUAGGUGUUGUUUCCAGCAGUAUACAUAUAAUCCUCAUAAUUAUUAGGUUAAGAACUUAUGAUACAUCUAAUUAUGUAAGUAUUGAGACCCCAAUUUUAAUAUCACUAGUUUUACACCUUUAUGACUAACUUAGAAUUUGGAUAAUAGCUAUUGAGACCCACUUUUUUCUGUUAUAACAUCUGAAUUUGGUUUUAUGUGUGGAGUACAGUGAUAAGAAAAGAUGUUCAGUUUUAUUUUAGCUAAAUAGUUAUUCUGAAAAAAGUUUACAAAAUAUAAUUAUGUUCUUAGGAACUUAGACUUCCCCUCGUUUCAUGUGACUCUCAAAACGCACAUUUGUUUGUAGGAUUACAAGUUCAGAUUAAUUUAUAGAUGACAAUAAAUCUACUUAAUCCAGUUUCAAAUCCCUGAAUAUAAAUCUUGUACCUAAUAAACUUAGCUCUCCCACCUUUUUGUUUAUAUUGUUUUUAGGGAGCUGUAUAAAAUUAUGCUCUUAUUAAAAUUUCAAGGUGCAAGAAUUAGUCAUUGGUUUUAGUUAACACCAAUUUAUUGGCAUAAAGUUACUGUUAUUGUAAAUAUUUUAUUUUAUAAGCCCUAAAAUGUAUGUAUUCUCCCUUGCCGAAACUACUUAGGCAUUGAUAUUAGUAGAUUUAAAUGUGUAGUUUCUUCAGAACAAAUAGUUUUUGUGCAUUUUAAGCCAUUUCUAUUUCAUUAACAUAAUUAAUAUUCUGCUUAUAGUCCUAAUAUUGAUUUAGGUGCAACUUUAUUUUACUAGUAAUAAGUUUGCUGGUAUUUUUUAAAUUAAAUCUGUAAGGCUGAUCGUUUUUGUAAUAUUUGACUUGAAAAAUGAAAUAAAAUUGUGAAAAGGAGAUUAAA